GAGCGGAGCGCUCACCUGCUGAUGAGAGAGCCGGGGAAACUCGGGCCAGAGCUGCAGCACACUCACGGAGCGAGGAGGGACCUAACGAAGAGACUGAGCAACAAGGGGGAUUUACACAAUUACUUGAGAAGAUUCGUGAAUCUAUCCUCUUUCUUUCUGGUUCCUCGUCCAGGCAGCCCUGGCUCGAUCGCUCGCCACGAUGAGAACUGACUUCGCUCUGAUCCUGACAGCAGCCCUUCUUGUUGACACGUUCGGGAGGAAUAAUGGGGAGCAAGCUUCCAAAGGUCCCUGCCGACCUGGCUUCUCACAAAGCUUCUACUCUGUGCUGAUUUCAAGGGAUGUACUGCAAGGCCAUGGCACACUCAAAGAUACCGCCGUGUCAUCACAAAGAGUGAAGUUCGAUGACUGCAUGGGGAAUGAGGCUGUGGUUUUCCGGAGCAGUGAUCCGAUCUUCAGCAUGCGGACAGAUGGGUCCAUCUAUGCCCAGGGAGAGGGAGCCAGCCUGGACGAACCAGUCCAGUUUAAACUAACAGCCGGGGGUCCCACCACACGAGUCUGGGAGACGGUGAUCCAGCUGGCCCUCAUUGACCCACUGUUACCUCAACAAAAUGAGAAUGAGGUCAUAAAGGAAGAGGGGAAAGUCGCGGAGAGAAAAGAGAGGAAGGAGGCGUCGCAAGCACCACCUCCUGUCAUCAUGUUCUCAGGGUCGGGCAGGAACAGCUCCAAGGGUCUGAGGAGACAGAAGAGGGACUGGGUGAUCCCACCAAUCAACGUGGCAGAAAAUUCUCGAGGACCGUUCCCUCAGAUGCUCGUCAGCAUUCGCUCAGAUCAAGACAAGGACAUAUCCAUCCGAUACAGCAUCACUGGGGUGGGAGCAGAUCAACCGCCCAAUGAGGUGUUCAAUAUCGACCCCGUGGUGGGAAAGAUGUUCGUCACCAAACCUCUCGAUCGAGAACAUCGCUCUUCCUACCAUCUGCGAGCCCAUGCUGUGGACAUGAAUGGGAACCAGGUGGAGAACCCCAUUGAUCUGUACAUCUUCGUCAUCGACAUGAAUGACAACAGACCCGAGUUCAAAAACCAGGUCUACAAUGGCUCUGUGGAUGAAGGCUCUAAACCAGGGACGUAUGUGAUGCACGUGUCAGCGUUCGACGGUGACGACAACACCACGGCUAACGGAAUGGUGCGCUAUCGAAUCCUGUCCCAGACGCCGCACAGCCCCAUCCCCAACAUGUUCACCAUCAACAGUGAGACUGGAGAUAUCGUUACCGUGGCAGCCGGCCUCGAUCGAGAGAAAGUGUCCCAGUAUACCAUCAUCGUACAAGCCACGGACAUGGAGGGAAAUCUAAACUUCGGCCUCUCCAACACGGCCACUGCCAUCAUCACUGUCACCGACAUCAACGACAACCCUCCCAUGCUGACCUCAAGAACUUUUUCCGGUGAGGUCCCGGAGAACCGAGUGGAUCUUGUGGUGGCUAAUCUGACGGUGAUAGAUGCCGACCAACCGCACUCUCCGAACUGGAACGCCAUCUACAGGAUCAUCAGUGGAGAUCCAAACGGGCACUUCACCAUCCGCACGGACCCCGUCAGCAACGACGGCAUGGUCACCGUGGUGAAGCCAGUAGACUAUGAGAUGAACCGUGCCUUCAUGCUGACGGUGGUGGUCUCCAACCAGGCCCACCUAGCCAGUGGCAUCCAGUCGUCGCUCCAGUCCACAGCUGGGGUCACCAUAUCCGUGCAGGACGUCAACGAGCCCCCUUACUUCCCCAAUAACCCCAAACACAUCCGCUUUGAGGAGGGGGUCCCUGCUGGCACCAGCCUCACGACCUUCUCUGCCUCCGAUCCCGACCGACUAUCUAUGCUGCAGACAAUCAGGUAUUCAAAGCUGAACGACCCGGCAGAUUGGCUGUCCAUCAACAGAACCAACGGUCAGAUCCUAACCACAGCCAUGCUGGACCGGGAGUCUAUCUAUGUGAAAAACAACCUAUAUGAAGCAACAUUUCUGGCAACAGACAAUGGCUCUCCUGCAGCCAGCGGCACAGGCACUCUGCAGAUCUAUCUGAUAGAUAUUAAUGACAACCCCCCAGCCCUCAUACCCAGGGAGUCUCAGAUCUGUGAGCGGGUAAACAAGAACGUCCACGGGGUCAACAUCACCGCUGCCGACGCCGACACAGAACCCAACGCUGGACCCUUCGUCUUCGAGCUGCCCAACUUCCCCGCCAGCAUCCGACGCAACUGGACCAUCUCUCGGAUCAGCGGUGACUACGGCCGCCUUGGCCUGCGGUACCAGAUAUACCUAGAGCCCGGGGUGUACGAGGUCCCUGUGAUCGUGUCGGACUCGGGGAACCCUCCGAUGUCCAACCGGUCCGUCAUCAAGGUGAAGGUGUGUCCCUGCGAUGAGCACGGAGACUGCACCACCCUCGGAGCUGUGGCCGCCGCCGGCCUGGGGACGGGAGCCAUCAUCUCCAUCCUCAUCUGCAUCAUCAUCCUGCUCAGCAUGGUGCUGUUGUUCGUGUUGUGGAUCAAGCGCAGAGAGAAGGAGAGGCACACCAAGCAGCUGCUUAUCGACCCUGAAGACGAUGUCAGGGACAACAUCUUAAAAUACGAUGAAGAGGGGGGAGGAGAGGAGGACCAGGACUACGACCUGAGCCAGCUGCAGCAGCCUGACUCCUUGGAGCACAUCAUCAGCAAGCCGCCGGGCGUCCGCAGGGUGGACGAGCGUCCCAUCAUCCCCGAGUCCCAGUACCCAAUCAGACCUGUCGUGCCCCACCCUGGAGACAUCGGGGACUUCAUCCACGAGGGUCUGCGAGCGGCGGACAACGACCCCACCGCCCCCCCCUACGACUCCCUGCUGGUGUUUGACUACGAGGGCAGUGGCUCCACCGCCGGCUCCGUGAGCACCCUCAACUCCUCCAGCACGGGGGACCAGGACUAUGACUACCUAAACGACUGGGGCCCUCGCUUCAAGAAGCUGGCCGACAUGUACGGAGGAGGCGACGAUGAUUAAAUAGUCACAUAUCAAACACACACACCCUCGUCCCGUCAGCUGGCCUGCCAUGCUCUGUCUCUACAACACAUGGAGCUCUUACACCCUUACUGAACACAAGUUAACAAUGACAUGUUCCCACUGACCAACCAACCAAUCCAGAUUCCCCCCCACAGAGCACCGGCGGCAGGAUUCUGUUUCCGGGCUCUUCUCAACCGUCUCCUGCUCUAAGCCUGCAGAAGAAGCUCUGACUUGCAGGAUCUGUUUGUAUUUUCAAACGCUUGUGCUUUCUUUCCUUCAAAGGUUUUGUGCUAGAUAUAGAUUUUAGUUUUGGGUAGUCAGAUUUUGUUUUUCUCCUUAGUUUGAGCAGCUUUAUUUGUCCCCCACUCCCCUUUGAUUCUGUUCUCCUGAGGGUUAUCACUCCUCCCUCAGUCAGCCCCCCCCCCCGCCUAUCUGCAGAAGCUUUAGGUUGAGCUGCUUGCUUUUUCUGCGGGGAGCAAAAAGGGAAUAAAAGAAGAACACAUAUGAAAGUCCUUCGUGCACGGAGGGUCCUGUUUUAUUCUUUCUUGAACUGGAAUUACUUAGAACAGAAGCACUGUUGUUUAAAAAGUGCCUUCAGUGGUGCGCAUCUUUUAGCAGACUCCCGCUAACUCAGGAUUGGUUGCCAUUCUCUGGGCUUACAUGCCCCCAUAUGACCCCUGACCCUUUAACGCAGACCUUCCCUUGUCAUUCUCAUCGCCCUGCAGCUCUGUGGUAGCUGCAGGAAGUGUCAGUGUCAGUUUCAGAGGAGAGUAGACAGGCCUCUGAGGGCGCUUUAUGUAGACGUACUGCACCUAUAGGUCUACAGUGUGUCUGUCAGACGAUUCAUUAACUCUUCAAGUCUGGCAUAUCUGUGUUCCUAGAUCACAGCCGACUUGAAUGUGAUUCCUGAAAUCACAGAAAUACUUCAUGGGACUGUCUUAGAGAAGAAAUGCAUUGCGUGUCUUUGUUUAUCGUGGCUUCAAUAGCAGCUGUGUUUGUUUUGAGCGCUCAGUAUUUGCACCAAACUCGAUAAGGCUUGUAACUGAACUUUGAAGAUUGACAUGUCACGUGUGUUACCUCUCUAAUGUUAUUGUAUAUGAAUGAGGGUUAUUUAAAGAGAGUUUGCCUUCAAGAUCAUUCAAGGUUUGCAUGUUUGUCCCUUUGCCCAAAGGUAAUUAACAUGGCAGCAGCUAUUGUGUGGUAAAUGUGUCAAAGAAAAGUAUUUAAACUGUACAAACAUGAGGGAAAAGAAAAACUAUGUGAUUCAGCUCUGACAGCGUUACAUGAAGAGUGUACGAGCCCCAUUCUGAGAUCCCUUUCUCUCUUUCAUUUCCUUUCUCUUUUGUUGAUUCACUGUUGUUUCUCAGAAAACUUUUAAUAUACAGACUUUGGUGCUGGUCCAUGUCGCAGAAACUGAGAGAAUUGAGCCUGAGCCAGGGAAUUAGCGCCUCACAAUCUGUCUCCGUUCAGGCAGCAUUUCAUUCAUUGCACAUUUUCUCUUGAAUUCUUUGGCUCCAAGUUCAAGAGGUUUUGAAAAUAAGUUAGAGGAAGAAAAAGUCUGUUACGAAGUAUUAUGAAAGCAUACAACUAAAGCUUCAGUAAGAGACAGUGAGGAUGUGACUUGAAAAUGCAGCACUACCCAUGGGCGUUUGUAAUCCCAUUUCAGACCCCCCAGAAUCGCAUACAGAGAACUGAAAAGAAAGCACUUUAGCCUUUGUUUUAAAUUAUUGAAAUAUGCAAAACAUUUUGAAGAAGGGACCAGGGAGAUGCUGCCGAACGAUAGAAAGGUUAAAUCAUUCCUUAUCUUCUGAGUGUUCGAUGAAACACUCCUCGGUUGUUUCAGCUGGUUGACCAGGUCUUCUAUUAAUUAUGAACGCUUGAAGGAAAUCUCAGUAACGACCAUGUGCUUCAGAAGAGGCUCUUUGUUUUUCUCCAGCUGCUUUUCACCCGUUACCUGCUCAUAGUUCAUAUGAAUGGCUGUAGAUAAAUACACUCGUUCCCAAAUGGUAACAAUUUGUUUUACUUUAUGUUCAAAGUAGAUGGAAAGGAAUUCACUUGACAAGAUAUGGAAAUGUUAAUGCAAAUAUUCAUAAUGCCAUUAGAAUGAAAUAAGGAUGAGGUUUGACAAUGAAGAAGGGAAGAAAGGUCAAAGUGUAAUUAAAGAGAUUAACAGGGUAUAAACGUGGUGAUUUAGAUGAAUACAUAAAUGGUUCAAAUUGCACCUGGAGGUGUCGACAUUGACAGCGGCGGUGUUCAGGAUAGCUGUCGGCUUCCAGCGGAAACUGAGCGGUUUCCACUGCGUUCUGCUGGAGAAGCUUAUCUAUCCGAUUGCUCCUCAGCCUACGGAAUAUCUUUACAAAAUAAACACAGCUGUUACUUU